CGUACCAGGGCAUUUGGGGGCAUAGAUGGAAUGUCGCUACCAGAUUUGCCAUUUGAAUUAAUCGAACAACCCAUGGUCUGAUGUAAACUAGGUUUUCUCAAUGUGCAAUUACUGGACAGAAAAAAAAUCCUUUUUUUGUGGUUUACACAACCUCUCCUACUGUUACCAGUGUUUACCUUCAGGACCCUUUAUCCAUAGUCGUACAACCUGUGUAGUUUUGGUUCGUUUAUAAUAGUUGAAAUUGGAUUAGUUUUCGUGUAUAUAUUGUGCAAAUGCACGUAUGACCUUGCCAAGCUAAAGUGAUAUGUACUUAAUCCAGGUUAUUGUCCCACAAUUGGUCCAACUUUUGUCAGAAAUAGAACAACCGGCUUUGUGUGUAUCGUUGUUGGUAUAUAUAUCUACACCAAUAUGUAGUUUGAUUUAUGCUAAAUGUUUGGUCACUAUAUAGGACAUCCAAAUAAUACGUAAAGUGCACAUGUUUGACCUUGGGGUAAUCGAUGAAUGUAUUUAAAUGCCAUGGUUAGCAACUACUAGAAUUGCACCAACAGGUUUUUCUAUCUUCUUCCUUUUCACUGAGAGAACCAGUCAAUAUUUUCAUUAAAAAAUGCGAAUAAGCUUGUCUAAAAUUCCUUUUAACAUUUUUGCCAUGAUAAACGUUUGGGUUAUGGAACGUUGACCUUUGCUUUUGUAUUCAGGCUUUCUAUGGAACUAUAUAAACACUCAGAUGCGGUUUUAUCAAGGUCGUCAUGGCUUAAACCGUUAGUUUGUGACUGAACAAAUUUGAUCGCUACUUUUAUUCAUGUAGUUUAGAAAAGGCUUUUGAUUUACUUUACUACAAUGUGCCAUCAAUCCUCAUAAAGACCUGCUGUUAACUUGAGCUAUGUGAGAAAUGUUAGGCCCAUUACCUGCUUUAAAUAAGAUACUAAAAAUAACUGACUUUUGUAGCUCAUAACGGAUAUCCAGAAAUAUUAUUCUACAUCCAUUUAUUUUUGUCUUCUUUUUAUGUAAACUUAAAAUUAUUUUUCUUACGUAGUUUCUGUCUCGGUGUAUCUCAACUUAAUCAAAUGCACUAUUACUCAAGGUUAAGCUCUAUCUCAGUCAAAUAAUAUGUACCAAUUUUGUACUUUAUCCUUGACACAGUCUUGUCGUUUGUAGUUGACUAUUAAUUUUUUUUUCUAUCGAAAAAAUCAUUCGUUCUCAAUUUUUGUCUAUCUCGCUUUUAUAGUACGAACAAGCCAAUUUAUGUUGAGAGAGUAAAUAUAUUUUAUCAUUUGAGUAAUCUGAAAUUGAUAUUGUCAUCGUAACACAAUGAAGAUUUAUUGUUGUUUAAAAGUUUUCUUUCUGCAACUAAAUAUGCCUAAGAGUACAAGGUUCUAAAAUUUUUUAUUAAAGUACUCCCUAGUUUAUGAUAAUAAGUUAUUAUUACUAUCACCUCAAUUAUCAUCGCAUGAUAGUUUCGUAGUUGUCCACUUAUUGGUAUCAUUAGCACGAACAACAAUUGUACUGAUGGUUUUGUCGCAAUAAUAAACAAGUACCUUUUAUUCUCUUCUCUAACCAUAUUAAUUCUUCCAUGUAUUUGUGGACAUUUGUUAACGAAUGUGUCUGUAUUUUGUUUUUGUUGUGUUCAUCUAUUCACUUUCUUAUAUUAUGAUAACAAUCAUUACCAUUGUUAUUAUUUUGCUAGCGUACAAAUUCACCUAAUUUUUCUUCUUUGUUAAAACAAUCUGCAUUAAUUGUUGUACACAGUGCACAUUUUGUCUAUAUUCAGAUCACUUAAAGUUCAGAUCUAAAGAAAGAAAAAAAAUCAAUGAAAUGUCAUAAAACUAGUAAAAGUGCUUUUUUGUUCUUACCUUUUUUUCAAAUGUGUUUUCACGUAUCCAUCUUUAUUUCUUAUGAACAAGCAAACUUAAUGACUAAUAAUAAUUACCUUUAUGUUGACUUUAUAAUUUAACGAAGUAGAUAAAUCUCGGAUAUAAGGUAAUAACUUGAACUCUGAUUAUGCCUUGUCUUGAUGAUAAAGCAUGAGACAAUUGUUCAUAUUUUCAUAUAAUCGAUUAUACGAGCUUGAAUGUUUGGCUCUACAAUAAGUAAUUGGUCUAUAGGACCAACCAACCACUCCUCAAAUGUUUUAACUUUAACUGUUUGGUUUCAAGCAUAAUCUUAAUUUCAUGUUUAUGUAUGUUAGAGUGUUGACUGUCAUCGAUGUGCAAAGUUUAGGUAUGAUGCACUUGUGACAAAUUAUACGUAAUGGAAAAAAAACAAUUAAAUGAGUGAAAACUGCUUAUAGAUUCUAGUAACCGUUGGGUUUAAUUCAAAUGUUCCUGUGUCAUAACAUGACAUACACUAAUUGAAAAAAACUUCAAUUGUUUACGAUAAUAUAGACAAAUUAAUAGAACUGACUUCAGUUAAUCUAACUAACAUCCAUGGCUUGCAUUUUAUAAAUAUUUUAAUUGUGGAGGCUGUAGAAUAAAGUUAAAGGACCGAAGUAUUUGUGCAAAAGUUUGGGAAACAAAUUUGUUUGGGUACUCGAACAAGUAUGUUGUACCUCUACAUUUUGAAAAGUACAUUUCCGUUUCAUUGAUAAGUAAAUCCGACUUAUUCACAAAUCCUGUUUUAUUAAAAUAGAACACUAUUUAGCAUUCAAAUUUUCCAGCUAUGAGAUAGUGUGAUUUUUUAUAGAUAUAUGUUGUAGCUGCCCUGUGGUAGGUGGAGAGACCCCUAGUUGAUGAUCAUUAUUUUCUAUCUUUUCCGUUCAUAUUUUAUAUCCGCAUGUGAAUACUUUACUCGUGAUCUGUAGAAUACCUGAAAAAAAGACAACAGCUCAAGUGACAGACAUAAAACAAGCAAAAUAGAAAGACGGUAGUUUUAUUGGUGAAAAUGGCAGUAUAUUAGAAAUCUAUUUUCAAUGUUCAUAAAAGUUUUAUACAGACCUAGAAAGCACUAUUCCUAACUAUAGUCAUGUCGUCGCAAGGGACUAUAAGAAUAUUUCUUCUAAUUUCAGUUAAAAGGGGUGUCUGGUGGAGUUCAACCUAGUCAGCACCAUUAAUGGUAAUUGAUGGCCGUCACAUAAUAUUUCAUGUUGUUGUUCCCAUUUUCACACUAAAAAUCGGGAAAUUAUUAUUAUUUUUAUCUUACUCUCCCAGCCCUGGGCACACAAGGACGAACUAAUAUCUUGUCAUAGUUUAUUGAGUUACUUAAAAAAGAACCAGAAUCUUCCAUUAAUAAUAAUACUAUUUAUGUCCAUCAUUAUUUUACUCUACAGUGGUCAGAAUGAUUCACGCAUGUAUAUUUGCGCAAUAUGAAGAUGAAGUAUUAGUAGAGCGAAUUGCUACUAAAUAAAACCGAAAUUGUUUUUUAAAAAUAAAUUUCAUCAAGUCAAUAUUUCAUAUUGAUUUAAUUUGACUAUUGCAAUUCUCUCAAAUUGUGUGAAAAAUUUAAUGACAUGUACUGCUAAUUUAAUUUAUAUGUUAAGAAAAAAAAAGAUUUUUAGAUGCUUAUGCGUAUUUGAUGAGUGUAAUAAUUAAGUUGUAUGUAUUUAACCAACGUUAAACAUUUGACUAUGGACAACGUCUGCCAUCUUUAGAAGGCAGUUCAAGCGCUCCAAUCAGUAAAGGAACGCCUAAUAUGGCUCCACAUUCAGUUUUCGCAUGGCAGCCCUUUGGGAACACAUCAGUUCACAACCAGCCACAAGCUUCUUCCUUCCACGGACAACCAGGACAUUUAAUUCCAUUGAUCCCAGGUUCAACGGCCACUUAUAGCGGUAUGGUUAGCUCUUCUCCUGCUAGUUCAAUGCCUACAACCACUGAUUUAAUGGAUUGUCAUCAGAAAACUAAUUCACACUAUGCAUAUUCUACCAAUUAUUCCAGCUCCUCUACGUCAAAUAAAUCUCGUUCCAUCGUAUUAAGUCCUGCCACUCAAUCUGGAUGCUGUCCUUCCGAUGUACAGAAUACACGUUUAGGAAUGCUUUUACCUAAUUCUCAUUCCCCAACUACUGCUCCAGUACCAAUCUAUGCACCUUCACUUUCAGCCACUACCACUUCUAGUUCUGCACCCCAUCAAGCCUUUUGCUCUCCGAAUAGCUCUUCAAGUUCGAAUCUAUUCAGUACACCUCCAGUAUUGACUAAUCAUCCAGUUCAAGAUCCCGCUAAAGCUGUCAGUCAAAAGCAACGUUCAAAAAAAGAGAGUCAUAACAGAAUUGAACGAAAGCGAAGAGAUUAUAUUAAUUCACAAAUCGUCUAUCUCAGUAGUUUACUCCCACCGGAACUGUAUCGGGAUGUAGAUGGUCGACGAAAUAAAGGUAGUGUUCUUCGACUUUCAGUUAGUUACAUUAUGGAGUUACGUGAAGCUGUUUCAAGAAUGGAAAGUCUUAAACAAGAAAAUACGAUAGCACGUCAACUAAUCCCCCUCCUUUUACAACGUAUUGAGAGCCUUGAGAAAAUGACCUCGGAACCUAGUGGUGAUCUAAAAUCAAGAGAACAGUUACAUCACUCCUCAUCUGCCAAUUCAUUGAGAAAUUUGCAGUCUCUUGAAGCUGUUUAUCAAUCAUGGCUUUUAUUGAAUGAAGCAAAUCAACGUGGUUCUAAUAGUAGUGGAAAUACACCAAAUUUGUCCACAUCUGUUCCACGACACUCAAUUCAUCCUGCACAUACAAAUGCAACUGAUAGUCGAUAUUUACAUGAGUUAAUGAUGCAAAAUGAAACCCCAGCUGAUCUUGAUUUCAGCGGUUCCAAAUUACACCCAGUCCAAUCAAGACACAAUGUCAGUGUAAAAAGAGAACAUGGAGAAGAAGAAGAAAGAACAGAUGAUUGUGGUUCAUUAUGUAACAAAACAGAUACUCGACGUCCAGGAUGUUCAUCUCGAUCAAGCUUUACUGAUCAUCCAACAUCAGAGAAGAUUGAAGAAGAAGUAGCAUCACAAGAUGGAAGCUUUGAUAGUAGACCUAAUUCUGCAUAUGAGUGCUAUCCACAUAAUCUGCCAAGAACUCCACAGUCAAGUGUUUUCCUGCAGAACCACUGAUCAUCAUCAUACUUCUGUUUUGUUCAUUUCUGUUUGACUUAUUUUUAUUUGGUAGAGGAAAAUGUCACUAUUCUGAAUGAAUCUCUAGCUUGUUACUACCAUUAUUAUUAUUAUUAUUAU